CAUCCCGCGACACUGGCGAUCAUGAGUUUGGAGCUCUGACACGGGAGUGAGUAGCUCGAUCAGACUGGAGCGGCUCAGAAAGCUGAAUGGAGAAACCAGAUAUCAAGCGCCUGCAGAUCCUUGGAUUGAUCUCGCUAUGGCUGCUAGCCGUUGCAUUUCCUGGUGCGAUCGCCUCGUACAGCAUCGGGGUAGGCAGGGCUGACACCACUGGACCCACCGCCGAAGUUGUUUUUAUGGGUUACGCGAAAAUCGAUCAGAAGGGAUCAGGACUCCAUCUACGAACAUUCUCCCGCGCGUUCAUCAUAGAUGAUGGCGAGGAGAGGUUCGUCUUCGUCAACGUGGAUAGCGCGAUGAUAGGAAAUGGCAUUCGGGAAGCGGUGCUGGAGAAACUUCAAACGCAAUUCGGCAGCAUGUACACAGAGAAGAACGUGAUGAUCAGCGGGACACACUCGCAUUCCACCCCUGGUGGAUUUAUGUUGGACAUGUUGUUCGACAUCACCACCUUCGGAUUCGUUAAGGAGACGUUCGACGCGAUGGUCACGGGCAUAGUGAAGAGUAUCGAACGAGCCCACAACGCUGUCGUGCCAGGUCGAAUCUUCAUCACCAAUGGGGAAGUGCUAGAUGCAAAUAUAAACAGGAGUCCGUUCGCGUACCUGAAUAAUCCGAAAGCCGAAAGAGACAGGUAUAAGUACGAUGUGGACAAGACUUUGACGCAGAUCCAGUUUAUCGGAGCAGACAACAAACCGCUGGGUGUCAUCAAUUGGUUCCCGGUACAUCCCACCAGCAUGAACAACACGAAUCAUCUGGUAUCCAGUGAUAACGUUGGCUAUGCCUCGAUUCUUUUCGAGAAAACGAUGAACAAAGACAAUUUGAUUGGCAAGGGACCAUUCGUGGCAGCCUUCGCUUCUACCAAUCUGGGCGACGUUUCACCUAACACUCGCGGUCCAAAAUGUGAAUAUUCGGGAAAGAAUUGCUCGGAACAGUACACCUGUUCUGGAAAGAAAGAAAUGUGCUUUGCGUCUGGUCCUGGAAAGGACAUGUUCGAGAGCACUAGUAUCAUCGCCAACAAGAUCUUCAAGGAAUCAUUGCGACUGUGGAAAGCCGGGAACGCCAAGGAAGUGAUCGGACCCAUCAGUGUGGUUCAUCGUUUCGUGGACAUGGCGGAACAGACGGCCGAAUUCUACAACGAGACCACGAAGAAAAUGGAGGAGGUCCAUGGCUGUCUGCCCGCUAUGGGAUACAGUUUCGCAGCGGGAACGACCGACGGACCGGGUUCCUUCGCAUUCGAGCAAGGCACAACCACGGCCAAUCCUCUAUGGAACGCGGUUAGGAACCUAUUGGCGGUUCCGACGUCGGAGGAUGUCAAGUGUCACGGCGCGAAACCGAUUUUGCUCGCCACUGGACGCAUGACCCUACCGUACGAAUGGCAACCGAAAGUGGUGUCGACGCAGGUCGCGCUGAUCGGGAACGUUGUCAUCGCCGGUGUGCCUGGGGAGUUCACAACAAUGUCCGGAAGAAGAUUGCGAGAGGCUAUCAAAACGGUCAUGAACGAAGCGUCGGACGACGAAAUCCCCGUCAUAGUCGCCGGUCUUUGCAACACUUACAGCGAUUACAUCAGUACACCUGAGGAAUAUCAAAUUCAGAGGUACGAGGGUGCCUCCACAAUAUUCGGACCCCACACUCUCACUCUGUACUUAAAACAAUAUCAAGAGCUUGUAACAGCUGCUAUUUUGAAAAAGCACGUGGAACCCGGUCCCAUGCCCCCAGAUCUACGAAAGAAGAAUCUGCUCAGUUUCGUGACACCUGUUCUCUACGACACCCCAAAGUGGGGCCGGAAUUUCGGCGACUGCAUCGAGCAACCACAGAAAAUUGUCAAACCCGGCGACAUCGUUACAGCUGUUUUCAUUUCCGGUCACCCGCGUAAUAAUUUAAUGACUGAAAACACAUUCCUGACUGUCGAGAGAUUGACGGACGACGAAGUGUGGGAACCCGUUGCAACGGACGCCAACUGGGAAACUAAAUUCAUAUGGAGAAGGAUGUCAGUUGUUCUUGGUUCGAGUCAGGUGACAAUUACGUGGCAAGUCCCGGAAGACGUCAAACAGGGUGAAUAUCGAAUCAGACACAACGGCUACUACCGUUACAUCCUCGGCGGCGUCUUCCCUUACUACGGUGUGUCGAACCAUUUCCAGGUGGUAGUUCCUGGGCCGAUAACUCGCGGACGACGGUUCUAUGAGUAA